AUGGUCAUGGAGGCAUCCCCUUCUCCGCAGAAUGUCGGUCGUGAAUUUGUCCGGCAAUAUUACACUUUACUCAACCAAGCUCCUGCGCAUCUUCAUAGAUUUUACAAUCAGCAUUCGUCCUUCGUGCACGGGGGUCUGGACUCUAACAGAGAAUCGACUCCUGCAAUUGGUCAAAAACAAAUACAUCAAAAAAUUCAACAAUUAAAUUUUCGAGAUUGUCAUGCGAAGAUAAGUCAGGUCGAUUCGCAGCUUACUCUUGAGAAUGGUGUCGUUGUGCAAGUGUCUGGUGAAUUAUCUAAUGCUGGACAACCGAUGCGUCGUUUUACGCAAACGUUCGUGCUGGCAAUACAAGCACCAAAAACGUAUUAUGUACAUAACGACAUAUUCCGUUACCAAGACUUAAUCUUCCCCGACGAGGAAGAAACGGACGUAGGUGGAGUAGAAGGAGUCGUAAGUGAGUCUGGAGAAAGAGAAGGCGAAGAGAGUGUUCGUUCUGAGCCAGAGGAAGACGAGCAUCAAAAUCGAGGACAGCAACUUUCGACACCGGCUGCAGCUACCGAACCUCAGGCUCAACCACCUCUCAUUCCUGCUCAACAACCCGUGCUUCAGCAACAGCAACAAAUGUACUAUGCUCCUCAGCUGCAACAAUCACACGUGCACCCUGUGAUGCAACAAGUUCUAAACGGAUCGGUUCAUGAAGAAACGCCGCUGAUCAGUCAGCAACCGCCGCAGCAGCAGCAGCAGCAGCAACAGCAGCCAUUACCUCCUCCUCCAGCACAGCAGCAUCCAUACAUAAACGAAUCAGCGUCGCAAGUACAAUUCGUACAAGAGGCAGAACUGGAUACCUCGGUCGAGCAGCAGCAGCAGACAGAAACCGAACCACAGGCUCAGUCGAAUGAAACUCGUGAUCAGCCCGAGGCUGAGACAUUUUCUACUUCUGUGCAAGAGUCCGAGCCGGAACACCAAGUGACGAAUAGGACUGUGACCAGUAGCGAGCCGAAAACGUACGCGAAUCUUGUGAAAUCGUUUCCAAGCAACACAGGCGCUACUAGUCCUCAGGCUCCCAAAUUAUCCAUGUCACCGCCGCCGAUGACGAACUUGCGUUUAGACGACAGAUCACCCUUACAUCCGACUAGCACUGGCCCGGCACUGUCCACGUCGACUAACGUCACUACACCUCAACAGCCGACUCAUAGAGUUGGCAAUCAACAACCCCAACAGCAACAUCAGCAACAGCGACCUCCCAGAGGUGGAGCAGUACAACGAGAUGGCGAUCGUCGUGGUGCGAGACAAAGUCAAUACAGUGAUGCUCAUCAAUUGUUCCUUGGAAACUUGCCGCACAAUGCGUCCGAAGAUGAUUUGCGUCAAGUGUUCGAGUCUUAUGGUAGGGUGGUAGAGUUACGCAUACAUAGUAAAUCGAACGAUAGGUGCAAAGGACCGCAAGGGAACAAUACAGGAAAAGUGCCUAAUUACGGGUUCAUCACUUUUGAAGAUCAACAAGUUGUCAGCAAAGUUUUACAGAACUUGCCAAUUUAUUACCCUGCUGAGAACGGACAAAAACUUAAUGUGGAAGAGAAGAAGGUCAGGCCUAGGACGAUGGAAGGCAGUGGUGGCCGGUUAAAUUCUAACGACGGUAACAUGAGAGCAAUGGGUGGACAACAGCAGCAGCAGCAACAACGGGGUCCUGGUGGACCUGGAGGCCUCAUGAGGGGCGGUCAGCAUGGCGCGAGAGGCGGACGCGGCGGUUUCUCGCGAGGCGGCGAUGGCGGAAGGGUUGGCGGCGGAAUGCGGCAGUCCGGUAACCCGAGUAACACAAGUUACCAAAAUCGCCGCUAAUAGUCGAAGCAACGUUGCAGGCACUCCCAAGUUUCUUUCUUCUUGAACAAGUCACCGGUAUAUAAUUACCAUCCUCAUUUCUAAACUCAAAAUCCAGAACUAUAUCACAAUGCCACACGACACGAUCAAAGGCGCUAUCCUUUUACGCUUAAUAAAACAUCGCUUGCAUCGUUCGCCAAGCAGAAAUUCUAGAUCCAGCUCAAACCGUAUGGAACACGAACUCGAUUGUAAAAUCGGGUUUUUCGCAUUUAAACUAAGUUCGUCGUGUUCGUGAAUAAUAAAUAUAAUUGUUUAGUAAAAUAAUUCAUCGAACGUCCAACUCGGUUGGACAUUUGAUGAAGUAUUACGAGUUCGUCCUUCAUACAUCGACAUCCGGCAAUCUACAGACUUCAUUUACAAAACUGCAUCCACUCGCAUCACAUACGUAUAACAGAGCGACGUGUGAUUUCCCCGUUAGAAAUAUAUGGUUCCAGCUUUGUCUCCCUCUUAGUAGAUCGCGUUUCUUAAAAGACCAUCCUAGGAACGAAUUUGUUGCCAAUUUUUGUGAUACAAAGUGAAAGAGAACUGAGAUAGAGACAAGGAAAAACCAUCGGAACACGUGUGCAGCACACGAAUACGAGGGACAGUAUUAGAAACACCUCGUAUAUAUUCACACGUAUAGAACCCGUUCAUAUUCAUACAAAAAUAUCGAGCCUGGAUUCGAUAGCAUACCUCCUUUUUUUUCUGUUGAACAAAAACCGUGAAAAUCACACGUCGCUCUCUUCAUUUCCUCCGUUUGCCAAUCACAUUAAGGAGACACAAGCGGUGCGAAUUCCGCUGUCGUAAUAAAUAAGUCGCGAGCCAAACUAAACGAAAAUUAAAACGAGAGGAUACGAACCGUCAUAAUUAUGGAAUAUCGUCGUACAUUUCAUAUCCUCUCGAGUUAAUUAAUUGACUGCCGAUGAAACGUUCCACCUAACUGUAGACUGUCGGCAAUAAUGUUCAUAGGUGGGUAGUUGGUCGGUGUUGGUUAACGAGUAGAGAACUGCGGCUGUUCUGUGGUCGCAUACAAAGACACAGAUGAUUUUUCUCAUGCAAUAUGGGCCGACUAUCAAUCGACCGGUAUCGAUUGAUAGUAGGACAGUAUCCUUAGACUGCAGCUGGUCUCGCCGUUUCCUAAUUCAAUCACAUACUGCUUAUGCUCUACUUUGUUCCAAUCCACCGAUCUUUGUUCCAUUUCCUUUUCCGAUUCCUCCAUGCAUCUUUACGCACUAGGCUUUUGCUUUUCCCUACCUCCGUCGAUAUUCGCCUAUUUCUUAUUUUCGCUUCUCUCAAAUUUAUGUGAACGGUCAUAUCAUCUAGAAAUUGGUUAAACAGUCAGAAUUUCACACGAUUAACAGAAUAAUAACGAUUUAAUAGCCUCUGGUGAUCGCAGAACUCGCAGUGCGCUGCUAAGACAAAAGACCUAGUACCGUUAUAGCAACACAAGAUUUUAGCUUGACUUUAUCGUAAUUACGAAAGAAAAUUGUCGAGAUGUAUUAGCAAUGUACAAUGACGAAAAGAAAAAACAUUUUCCCACUUACCAACGUAAUCUAGCGUUAUUCUUGUAAUUAUUAUAAGUGAAUAGGAAUUCUUCAGGAUCGAUCGAAACCGAUCGAUGCUCUCAUACGAAGGUACACGUUACAAACUUCUUUCACUCUUUUUCCCUCGACAUUAUACUUCAAUAUGAAUAAUUAGAUCGACAAAGAAACAGACGUUCAUUUCUGAGAGGUCUUGUUAACCGUUCUCUCGCACGCCGGCUAAGACUACACUUUCAAAUAUGUCCCGAUCUACUUUAUUACACGAACGAACAUAGUAUUAUUCUCGCGAAGUAAAUAAACAGCGAUUUAGUGGAAUUAGAUUUAUCGUUUGCGUGGGGGAAGUAAAUUCAGCACGUAAACUCUGCACUUACUGUAUAUCACCGAAUGGAAUUGAGAGAUAUUUUGAUUCCUGUAUCUUCAUAAGUACCCUAAUGUGUAGAUAGUAUUUUCCUAUCUGUAUUUUCGACACGUGUCCGUAUAAAGGUGCUAGGCCAGACGAGAUAGAAGAAAGAAAGAAUGGGAGAGAAAGCGAAGAAAAGAGUGCCUGCGCGUCUGAUCGAGCGAACGAGCGAGCGAGAGAGAGAGAAACUGUUGAUCAGGAAGCAAACAGCCGGAAAUAUUUUCAUAUUUCUAGUGAAAGUCGAGCAAGAUGAGUCCUGCGAUUAUUAGAGACAAAGCUAUAUAUUUUUCUGGCCUAUUCGACACAGACUUUAGUUUUUCUCUUACCGGAGUACAAUUAUUAUCUCUAAAUUGUCAUUACAUUAAGUGUUAUCGAACAAUAAUUCGAACGGAAAUCUGUCAAGUGAACGUUGGAACAAUAUAGGAGAAUCGGGAGUGCAAAAAAUAAAAAUAAUAACGCGAUUACCAUCGUCUCUGUACAGUGAUAUAGCGUACACGGUAUAAUUUAUGUGCCAUCUCGUACGCGUGCACACCUCGUCUCGUGAUCCAAGUGCACAAAUGAAAAAAAAAAAGAAACAAAAGAAUACAGGGAAACGAAAUGCAAUUUUGAACUGUGUUUUUUCAUAAACGCCGAAGAACAGAGGAGGUGACGACGAACGGUGACGUUGGACGGUGAUAAAUUAGCUCACCUUUUCGUAUCCGGGGAGAAAGAAAAUUGAAAUUGCAAAGUGCACGGCGACUAAACCGCGAAAUGCUACGACACUAAGGCUGAGAACAUAUGAAAAGUAAUUAUUUUACGUUUCUUAUUGAUCGAUUAAAUUGUUACGUAGUCUACAUUAAACAUCCGCAAUAGUUUGUAAUCGAAUGUGUUACAAUUGCUAUGUCCGGGAUGUGGCAGAGUCAUCGCUGGUCGGCGCGUAGCCUCCGUUUAAUUAUUUCCCCUCCAGCGUACAUUUUCCUUUAAGAUAUAUACAUACGUACAUAUAAUCAAUUAGGCAGAGUUCUGCUCGGUGAAAUUCGUUUUUCUUUUCCCUAACGAAUUUCAAUGUUUUUAAAACAUUGGUUUGUAUUUAUAACGCGAUGAUACUGCUUUAUCUCAGUCAUAGAUAAAGAGGUAGUUUCGCGUGAUUAGUUGGCCGAAUUGUUCGUUCGUUAAAUAAUCAAACUAUUUGUAAAGAAAGCUCGUUAGUAACAACUGUCCAGUCAUCUGAGGAUAAGCUUUUUCUAUCGAGAACGGUCACCGUAUAAUAAUAAGUUUCCUUUUGGUUUUCGAAACCCAGUUUUAAGCUAACACCAUAUAUACGUCGAUUAUCCUGCAGUCACAUGUACAAAUGAUAGCGUGAAAGCAAAUUUUAUAUAUAAUCAAUCAACGACGUCGAUGACGAUUCAGUUACUUAACGUUCAUUUGUUUAAAAGGGAAUAACAAAUUUUUAUGCCCGAGUAUUUUAACGAACUGUUUCUCUACGGUCGGGGGGUAGAGUGCAAUCAAGCACUUGGACCUUUGCUUUUAUUUCAAUUUUCCGAAUGUAUAUACAGUUUUUAGAUUAGUUCGUUGGAAUCGCUAGGCGUACAUCGAUGUGCAUCACAUACAUAAUGUUAAUGUAUCAAACUGCAUUGAAAACAAAGUGUUCAGAAGCCACACGUAUACGCGAGACUGCCUCUUUAUAUCUGAACGAAAGCUCCGAAAAUUUUUAGUGUGAAUGUUUUCGUUUUUAAGUGAUUAUUAAUAAUAAUAAUAAUAAUAAUAAUAAUAAAAAUAAUAAUAAUAAUGAAGAUAAAUAUAAUGAACGAAGAAAGGAAUAUGAGAAAAGAAACACAAAUAAUUAUAACAAUAUAAGAAUUAGAAGAUGGCGAAUAAUAAGUUGUGAAUUUUUGUAGUAUACAUUUUUAUUUCGGUCUACCGGGCCAGUUUGUGUGUACCAUGGUCGACGUUACUACACAGAAAAAAAGAAAUAAUGUUAAAGGAAAAAUGAUAAAAAAAAAGAAACAUCAAAUGUAUUGUAACUUUUUGCAUUUAGUAUAAUAUACCUACCUUACUACCAA